AUGGCUGACCAAGCUGCAAGAAAUUUGCAGUAUGAGUAUAACAUAAACUCAAACUUGGUAAUGACUGCCGAUCGAUCUUUAAUAGAUCGACGGCCUCGUGAUGAAUCUACUGGUGAGGUACUCUCUCUCGCUGGAAAAAUUCGUAUGGAUGAAAUGGGCAGCAAAGCUCAGCGUACCAGACCAAAUAUGCUCGAAGAAAAGAAGGCCAAGCGCCGCAAACUCGAAGAUGAAGAGUUUGAUGAAAUGAGAAUUAAGGCUGCAAAUCUUCUUAGCGAAGAUAUUGAUGAUUUUGCUGGUGUCCUGUACAGACCCAAGACACCAGAAACCCGAAAAACUUACGAAUAUAUUCUUCAUUGUAUUCAAGAAGCCCUUGGUGAUCAAUCUCGUGAAAUUCUUUGUGGUGCAGCUGAUGAAGUCCUCGCUGCAUUGAAAAAUACUAGGCUGAGGGACAAGGAAAGACGCAAGGAGGUUGAAAGCUUAAUGGGUACUCUGGCAGACGAACGCUAUAAUAUCAUAGUCAGUCUCGGAAAGAAAAUUACCGAUUGGAAGGAUGAGACAGAAAAGUCUGGGGAGGAGAAUAUUGACGAAACAUACGGAGUUAAUGUCCAAUUUGAGGACUCCGACCCAGAUGAUGACGAUAAUACUCGCUAUGAAAUUAAAGAUGAUGAUGACGAUGAUGAUGAUGAUUAUGUCAAUGGAGAUGGAGCAGGAAAAGAAAUGACUCUUCAAUCAAAAUCGACCGAAGAUGGCUCUGGUUCAAAAUCCGGCAAAGAUGCUCUGCAUCCUCGUGAUAUUGACGCUUUCUGGCUUCAGCGAAAUGUCUCAAAGCAUUGCAAAGAUCCCAUUCUAGCCCAAAGGAAAGCUCAGGAAUGUCUCGAUAUCCUCAAGACGGCAACAGACGAUCGAGAUCUAGAAAAUCGGUUGGUCAGAUGCAUCGGAUACGAACAAUUCGACUUUCUUCGAAUCCUUCGCCGCUAUCCCUCCAUGGUUCUCUAUUGUACUCUGCUUGCUCAAGCCCAAUCCUCUAAAGAAAAGGCUGAAAUUGAAUCUAAGAUGAAAGGAGAUCCCAAGUUAGCUGCAAUUUUAAAACAGCUUCGGGAAACCGACGAAUCCGCUGAUACAAUGCCGGAUGAAAGAAGUCGGAAGGCAAGCCAGAGAGUAGCUCGUCUUAGACAAAACACCAAAGAAGAUGGAGACGGCAUUCAUGAAGAUGGGAAGGCCGUCGUUGCAAAUGUGGUUGAUUUGAACAAUCUCGCUUUCUCUCAGGGAGGUCAUUUGAUGGCAAAUAAACGUUGUCAACUUCCAGAGGGUUCUUUCAGAACGCAGAAGAAGGGUUAUGAGGAAGUUCAUGUCCCUGCUUUAAAAUCCAAACCCUAUGACCCCGAUGAAACCCUUUUGAAGAUUGAGAAGCUACCCGCAUACGCAAAAGCAGCUUUUGAGGGGUAUAAAUCGCUCAACAGGAUUCAGACUCGUUUAUACAAUGCAGCUAUGAAAUCUGAUGAGAACCUACUGCUCUGUGCUCCGACCGGUGCUGGUAAGACAAAUGUAGCCCUACUCUGCAUAAUGCAUGAAAUUGGUCAGCAUAUCAACGCUGAUGGUAGUAUCAAUAAGGAAAACUUCAAGAUUGUCUACAUUGCUCCAAUGCGAUCGCUUGUACAAGAAAUGGUUGGGACUUUCAACAAGCGAUUGAGCAGUUACGGGAUUAAAGUGGACGAAUUGACUGGUGACCACCAGUUGAGUCGGGAACAGAUCCUCGAGACUCAAGUCAUUGUCUGCACACCCGAGAAAUGGGAUGUAGUGACCCGACGAGGAGGCGAUGAACGUUCCUACAUUAAUCUGGUACGUCUAAUUAUCUUUGAUGAAGUGCAUCUCCUCCAUGAUGACCGUGGACCUAUUCUGGAAGCCAUUGUGGCACGAACUCUUCGGGCGACUGAAGCAGCUGCUGCGUCAGGGAUAAGUGCAUCAGGCGCAAAUGUUGCCAAUCCGGAUAGUAUUCGAUUAGUUGGUCUUAGUGCCACUCUGCCUAACUAUACGGAUGUGGCCACUUUCUUGCGUGUGGAUGUGGAGAAGGGACUUUUCUACUUUGAUAAUAGUUUCCGUCCUGUUCCCCUUGAACAACAAUAUAUAGGCAUAACCGAAAAGAAGGCGGUGAAACGCUUCCAGCUCAUGAACGAAAUUGUUUACGAGAAGGUUGUGGAACACGCUGGUCGUAAUCAGAUUCUCGUAUUCGUGCACUCACGAAAGGAGACGGGCAAAACAGCUCGAGCAGUUCGUGACAUGUGCUUGGAAAAGGACACCCUGGGUCUCUUUAUGAAGGACAAGAAUGCUUCUACUGUUGUACUACGGCAAGAAGCUGAACAAGUGAAGAAUUCUGAGUUGAGAGAUCUUCUGCCCUAUGGAUUUGCUAUGCACCACGCUGGAAUGAGCCGUGUAGACCGUACUCUCGUGGAGGAUUUGUUCGCUGAUCGCCAUAUUCAAGUGCUUGUAUCUACUGCUACUCUUGCUUGGGGUGUCAAUUUACCUGCGCACACUGUCAUCAUUAAAGGCACUCAGAUUUACAACCCAGAGAAGGGCAAAUGGACUGAACUUGGUCCUCUUGAUGUAAUGCAGAUGCUGGGUCGUGCAGGUCGUCCUCAGUACGAUACGAAGGGUGAAGGUAUUCUUAUCACUAACCACACCGAAUUGCAGUAUUACCUCUCACUCAUGAAUCAGCAACUCCCAAUUGAGAGUCAACUCGUUGCCAAACUUCCUGAUCUCUUGAAUGCUGAAAUCGUUUUAGGUACUGUUUCAAAUAUUCGUGAUGCUGUAAAUUGGCUCGGUUACACAUAUCUCUACAUUCGUAUGCUCAGAGCUCCUUCACUUUACGGUGUUCCUUCCGGAAGUGAGCACUCUGACCCCUGGUUAGAACAGCGCCGUCGUGAUCUGGUUCACACUGCUGCAACUGUUCUUGAAAAAUGUGGUCUCAUUAACUAUGAGAGACGCACGGGCAACUUUGAAACAACUGAGCUGGGUCGCAUUGCUUCACACUUCUAUCUCACUCACGAGACUGUCCAAACAUAUAACAAAUUGCUUCGUCCUGGUCUGGGUGAGAUUGAACUCUUCCGGGUAUUCGCCUCAAGCUCCGAAUUCAAACAUAUCUCUGUGAGACAGGAAGAAAAGUUUGAAUUGGCUCAACUUCUUGAGAGGGUUCCUAUUCCAAUUAAAGAAGCUGCAGAUGAUUCUUCUGCUAAAGUAAAUUGUCUCCUUCAAGCCUACAUCUCUGGCUUGAAGCUUGAAGGCUUCUCUCUGGUGUCUGAUAUGGUCUUUAUCACUCAAUCUGCAGGACGUUUAAUGCGUGCUCUCUUUGAAAUUGUCCUCCAUAAGGGUUGGGCCGAGUUGUCAGAUAAUGCUUUAGUUCUUGCCAAAAUGAUAGAACGCAGAAUGUGGGAAUCUAUGUGCCCUCUAAGGCAGUUCAAAAAGCUUCCCGCUGAGAUUAUCACAAAGCUGGAAAAGAAGUCUUUGCCUUUUGAACGUCUCUAUGAUAUGAAUCACCACGAGUUGGGCGAGCUUGUCCGAUCCGCUAAGUUGGGAAAACCUCUUCACAAGUAUCUCCAUCAAUUACCUCGUCUUGAAAUGAGUGUUCACGUUCAACCAGUAACACGAUCUGUUCUUCGUGUUGAAUUGACCCUCACUCCAGAUUUUGUUUGGGAUGAGAAGACCCAUGGAAAUAGUCAAGCCUUCUGGAUCCUUGUUGAAGAUGUAGAUGGGGAUACUGUUCUUCACAGAGAAUUCUUUGUACUUAAACAACGCUACGCCACAGAAGACCAUGUUCUUCACUUCACAGUCCCAAUAUUUGAUCCUCUCCCUCCACAUUACUACAUUCGAGCUGUUUCAGAUAGAUGGAUCGGUGGUGAAGUUACUCUGCCCGUAUCAUUCAGACAUCUUAUCCUUCCUGAGAAGACUGCUCCGCCUACUGAAUUGCUUGAUUUGCAGCCUCUCCCAGUUACUGCAUUGAGAAAUAAGGACUUCGAGUCACUUUACACUGAUCAGAUAAGAGACUUCAAUCCCAUUCAGACCCAGGUAUUCAACUCUCUGUAUAACUCCGAUGAAAAUGUGUUCAUUGCUGCACCAUCAGGUAGUGGAAAGACAGUAUGUGCUGAAUUGGCUCUUUUCCGUUUAAUGACCACCGCUCAAGCCAACCAACAGGUUGAUGAAUCUGGAGAACCAAUCUUCAAGUGUGUCUAUGUAACACCGUUUGAAGAGCAAGCAGAGUUGCGUUACAAUGACUGGUCUGCUCGUUUUGGUACCAAAUUGGGUCGAAGGGUUGUUCGUUUAACUGGUGAGACUUCGGUUGAUCUUAAACUCCUUGUCAGGGGACAGAUUAUUGUUACAACUCCAGACCACUGGGACGUUCUCUCACGCCGUUGGAAGCAGCGAAAGCAUGUUCAGAACGUGAAUCUUUUUAUCGCUGAUGAGUUACAUCUUAUUGGUGCUGAAGGAGGACCUGUUUAUGAGGUGGUCUGCUCACGUAUGCGCUAUAUGGCUAGUCAGAUUGAAUCAACUGGUCAGCCGCUGCGUAUUGUUGGUUUGGCUCAUAGUAUCACCAACUUGCGUGAUAUGGCUAGCUGGUUGGGUUGUUCUAGUGGAGCUAGUUACAACUUCCAACCUAAUACUCGACCACUGCCUCUCGACUUAAACAUAGUUGAGUUAAAUUUCAGCCACCAAGCUAGUCGACUUAUGGCUGCUAAUAAGCCCAUGUUCCGGGCUAUCAAUAAAUAUGCCUGCUUAAGUCAAGGCGUCGGACCAGGUCUACAUAGACCUACAAUUGUUUUCGUGUCUUCAAGACGCCAGGCUCAGAGAACUGCUUUGGAUUUGAUCACAAUGCAAGCUACUGCUAAUGCCCUGUCUGGUUCCCAGCAGCAAUCUGCCCAACAACCCAAGUUCGUGCCUCUUUCUGGUCACUUGGAAGAAGCUUUGGAAAAAGCCGCCGGACAGAUAGCGGAUUCAGCACUUGCAGAAAUUCUUCGUUAUGGGGGUGGUAUUGCUUACUUACAUAAAGCUUUGAGUAAGGGAGAUAGAAGACUGGUUGAAGCGUUAUAUGCUGCUGGAGCUCUCCAUACUCUAGUUGUUUCUCGUGAUCUUGCAUGGGCUUCAAACAUUUCAGCCUAUUUGGUCAUUGUACUCGAUACUCAGGACUAUAACGGAAAGAUCCAUGCUUAUGAAGACUAUCCCAUCAUUGACAUGAUUCAGAUGGUCAGCCGUGCAAAUAGACCUGGUCUGGAUAGUGAUGCCAAGGCUAUCAUCUACUGUCAGACGGGAAAGCAGGAAUACCUCAAGAAGUUCUUGCACGACCCCCUCCCUGUUGAAUCUCAUCUUGACCAUGAACUUCACGAUCACUUCAAUGCAGAAAUUGUCACUAAGACAAUUGAGAAUAAGCAGGAUGCAGUGGAUUAUCUGACGUGGACCUUCCUCUACAGACGAAUGACACAGAAUCCUAAUUACUAUAAUCUCCAAGGUGUCACGCAUCGGCAUUUGAGUGAUCACUUGAGUGAGUUGGUUGAGACUACUCUGACAGAUUUGGAACAGUCCAAGUGUAUUGCUAUUGAAGAUGAGAUGGACUUGUCACCACUCAAUUUGGGAAUGAUCGCUGCUUACUACUACAUCUAUCACAGUACUAUCGAAUUGUUCAGUCUGUCACUAACUAACAAAAUGAAGAUUCGAGGUCUCUUGGAUGUAAUAAGUAAUGCAUCUGAAUUUGACGUCAUCUUGCCAGUACGUCAUCAUGAGGAUACAGUUCUACGCCAGUUGGCUACCAAAGUUCCGCAAAAACUGGCACCCAAGGCCACUUUCUCUAGUCCUCAUGUGAAAGCCAACCUACUGUUGCAAGCUCAUCUUUCACGAUUCUCUCUUUCUACGGAACUGCAAGGAGAUAUCGACAAACUCCUGGUUUGCAUUAUUCGUCUUAUCCAGGCCUGCGUUGAUGUUUUGUCCAGCAACAGUUGGUUGGGUCCCGCUUUAGCAGCAAUGGAGUUCUCCCAAAUGAUCACUCAGGCAGUCUGGCAUAAGGAUUCCUACCUGCGUCAACUCCCCCACUUCAACGCGGAACGCAUCACCAAAUGCAAAGAGGCCGGUGUGGAAUCCAUCUUCGAUUUAAUGGAGCUAGAAGAUGCUGCACGAGCUCAACUCCUUGAGGGUUUAUCGCAACCUGAGGUUGCUGAUGUUGCACGAUUCUGUAAUCGAUAUCCAGAUGUGGAAGUGAAUUAUGAGCUGUCGGGACCGAGUGGACCUGUUACUACCAAAACUCAAGUCAAGAGCGGCGACACCAUAAAUGUAAACGUGAGUAUUGAACGAGAUGAAGCUAACGCGGGACCAGUUAUCGCUCCCUUCUUUCCUCAGAAACGUGAAGAGGGCUGGUGGUUGGUGAUUGGUGACGUAAAAACAAACAGCCUGAUGGCAAUUAAACGUCUGACAUUGUCAAAAUCCACAAAGGUUAAACUGGAAUUGACAGUUCCCGCUUCAGCACAAGGAAAGCAGGAAUACACCCUCUUCUUCAUGUCCGAUGCCUAUAUGGGUUGCGAUCAGGAGUACCGUUUUACUCUUGAUGUUCGUUAG